CACUUUUCUUUCGGGUGGCCUCAAGAAUACCUUUGACCGGCAGGAUGGGCGGGACGUUUGGCAAGAGUGGGUCGUGGGUGUUGGACCACACUAUGGACGACAUUCCCUUGACCCCCUACAACGGAAACGUCAAGCAUGGAUCCAUCAUCACCGGGUUCGAAGAUCCUCCUCCAUAUGCGGUAGAUCAUUUAGAGGAAGAAACGGAGGGGGAAAAGAGAAGCAGGAAACGGUCGCACUGGGUCGCAUACACUACAAUGUUCGUUAUGUCUAUCGGCUUCUCCAUAGUCUUAACCGGUGUGUGGCCGUACCUACAUGACCUCAACCCUAGCCUCCCAAAGGAGUCCAUAAGCUUCGUGGUGGCGGCAAAUCCCUUUGGACAGAUGGUGGCUUCGCCCCUGCUCGGAAUAUGGGGGAACAAAGCCGGCAAAAUCAGAGGGGCGUGCCUCACCACCGUGUUUUUCUUCGCCUUUGGCAACAUUAUGUACUCCUUGCUCGCCCUCUUCGAGGACAUGGGAGACAUGGGGACUUACUACGCCAUGAUCAUCGCCAGGUUCAUCGUCGGAGUCAGUUCCGCCAACGUGACGCUGUGCAGGUCCUACCUCGCCCAGUCCACCACCGUCAAGGAGCGAACAGCCGGCAUCGCUAUCAUCUCCGCCGCACAAGCCCUUGGGUUCGUUGUUGGACCAGGCAUUCAGACACUCCUCAUUUUCUUGGUGCCCGAGGAGGUGGAUACCGGCAUUUGGUGGCUCAAGUGGAACAAGUUCACUGCACCGGGUUGGGUGGCUGCUGCGCUGGGCUUCAUUAAUCUAGUGGUUCUCAUGCCUUGCAUCUUUACGGAAUACAAUAUCGCAGAGAGGGAGAGGAAACUCUUAAAUCAGAACGCGAAGGACGAUGAGUUAUUGAAGCUACCCAAGCCGGACACCUUAGGUAUCAUCGUAACCCUGUAUGGCUUCUUCGUUACUGCCUUCGUCUACGUACUCCUAGAAACCCUCGCUGUGCCCUUCGUCAGCGAUCAGUAUGCGUGGGAUGACGACAAAGCCAUGUCGAUAGUUGGCUUAGCCCUGAUGGGGGCUGGAAUACUCGCUACCUUCCUCUUUCCUCUCAGCGGCAAGUUGGGACGUAUUUUUGACGAAAGAUUGGUGCUAUUGUUCCUCGGUUUCGUUCCGAUACUCAUUGGCACCUUCCUCUUCCUGCCAUACCCAGGUCAAACAAUACCAAUGCAAAAUUGCGAAAAUACCACCACUAGCUUCACUGAAAUAACUUCACCCUUCACAACCGUCUUGGACUCCUGGGACACCAUUCCUACCAGCGAACCUACUUUCGAUGAAAUCCCCCUGUUCGACUAUCUUUCCGUUUUUCGGCAAUGGUCACCUUUGUCUGCCGUUGUGGAAGAGAGCGACGAAGACUGCUCUCCUGGCUGUCCUGAUCGCCAGGACUGGUGUUACUCAGUGCCGCAGCUGCCACUCGCGCAGUUGAGUGUGGCUUUCAUCAUCGUCAUGGCUGGUUAUCCUAUGGCACAGUCUAUCGCCCAAGGCAUCUUUUCCAAGAUGCUGGGCCCCAAGCCACAGGGUUUAUGGAUGGGUGUCCUCACAGGUGUGGGUAGCCUAUCCCGUAUAACGGGUCCCAUUUUUGUCUCCUUCAUAUACGCUAAAUAUGGUACAUACGCAUGUUUUGGUGGCUUAUUAGCGAUGAUGAUCAUCGCGUUCAUUGCACUUGUAUUAAUGUUCAAGCGUCUCGUACCCAUGGAAAUCCCCCAGUCUAGCACGCAGCACGCAUAUGAUGGCCCGGCCGAAAAACUCUAACUCUGCAGUUACAUACAAGAGCAGCAGCCCACAGGGAUGCAGACAGUGCAGUCCGAGAUGUGUCUUCCAAGAAGACACCGUGCCAAGGGAAGAACCACCACGCCGUCGUCCAAUAAGUCGCACUGAGAAACCCUCUCAUCCUUGCCCACUCAUAAUACAUCAUUAUUGUGUCAUUACCUCUAAAAGUACAUCAUGUGUCUUUCUGUCAAUAUGUUUGGUUACACUGAGUAUAUGAAUGUGCUUUACUUAUGUAUGUGUGUAAGGUGUGUACAUGUUUGUGCUAUGCAUGCGGUUCAUCCCACUAACGUUAUGUUACUUUAACCAAAUUUGUCACAGCAACAUUAAUUAACAGGCAUCGCCAUCCAGCACCAAUAUUUGCAUCGCAAUGGAAAAUUCUGCAACUAAUUUGUUAAAAAUUAAUUAAUAAAUAAUACAGAAGUUA